CACGGUUGUAUUAAUUGACAGUUAAGCCCCUAAUUUAACCAUCUUUAUCAGCAAAAAUUAUUUAAAUCUACAUUUGAUGUAAAAUUAAUUAUUUUGAACAUGCUUGCAGCUUUCUCGAGUCCGGAGUUUUCUCGUCCCGUUUCUCUAAAAGAGAGAGAAAGACUUUUUGACGAUCCCCGAGUACAUUUCACCGCAUUCUCUCCUCGUCCAGAAAGCAGCCUUGCCGUUCAGAAGCCUCCUCCGAUGACUGAUUCGAAAAUCCAAUUACGACACAAGGUACGAACGCCCGUGGAAGACACAACGAUAAUCUACCCUUUACCAACUUACCAAACUUGGGUCGACGCAAGUGAUUUAGAACCAAUCCCGGUUACAAAACCGGAUCCAGAAUACAAUUCCAACAUUUGGAGAAACUUUAGUAAAGAUCAUGGAUUUAGUUGCAAUGCAAAAGGAAGAGCAACAUCCGCAUUAGUUGCUUCUAUGUAUCCAGUUCCUAUUCCCCCUCCAUCAAGGAUGGGAAAUUUUUCGUAUGGACGUUUUAUUCAAUAUGGGGAUAUUAUGAAAAGUAAGGAAGCCAAAGCGAAGAAAAUAGAAACGACUGAACGAGAAUUAAAUGAAAUGAAACGAUUGAAAGUAAUGACGACCGCGCGUGUCCCACCAAUCGACAACAGAGGAAGAAUAAUUGCACCUAUGACACUGCGGCGACUACAGUCUCAGGGGCGUAUUAAACACAGGCCAUUGACAACAGACCCAGUCCCGGAAGAUCGUCGAACGGGUUUACUUUUUGAUCCCCAAGUUUCUGGUCCAGCAUCGGUUGUAUCAAGAACAAGUACAGUUAUUCGUCAAAAAGGAUUACUUUGGAAGUUUUGUUAUAAAAUGAAUAAUCCAGCAUAUGACAAGAUUUUGAAUGAACAACGAGACAUUCAAAGAUGGAAAGAUAAUCAUAUCAAGAUGAGAAAAAUUAGAAGAUCAAACAUGACUCAACAAUUUAUCACAUAUUAUUGAAGAUACGAGCAUUGCUUGCAAUUCUAACUUAUGAAAAUUUUUCAUUGCAGCGAGAGGUCGGUUGCGUCUUCGAUCAAACUUAUUUCGGACGAUACAUAGAGGAAUUCUUUUAAUUAUUGACCAUUAUGGAGAUAUUUUCUAUAACCGGCAACCGCAUAUUGAGAAGAUUAAAUGAAAUAUUUAUUUUUUCAUACUUUUCUCGCAGUAGGCUCAUUAGCAACAUAGAUGUGUUUACCUACCUCUGCCCAUACCAAAUUUCAAUCACAUGGUUUGUUUUUUUGUCAUCUGCGAGGUUAUACCAUAUCGGAAGAAUUUUUUUCAAAUUCGACCUAAUACUAAUUGUAUGUUGAAACGAGUUUAAGUAGCAUACUAAUGUACUGUGAAUCAAAACUAUUUUAAUAAAAAGGUUUAUUAACAUAUUGACACUUUUUAUUAACAGUUUUCUAGUUUUAAUAGAUAUUAAUAGUAAAUUCACAGGUGUUUUCAACGCGGUAUAACUAUAC